AGUUGAUUGUCAGCUGGAUUUUGUUUUCUUAAGCAGGCUGUGCUACAAGCUUCUCACUUCACAAUUGCUGAUUUCUAAUUGAAGAAAAAUUAUUUGCAUGGCGCCCAGGAAGGCUAAGGUUCAGAAAGAGGAAGUUCAGGUGUCGCUGGGCCCGCAGGUGCGAGAUGGCGAGAAUGUUUUUGGCGUUGCCCACAUCUAUGCCAGUUUUAAUGACACGUUUGUCCACGUUACCGACCUAUCCGGUCGCGAAACUAUCGCACGUGUCACUGGCGGCAUGAAGGUCAAGGCCGAUCGUGACGAGUCUUCACCCUACGCCGCCAUGCUGGCCGCCCAGGAUGUGGCUGAAAGGUGUAAGGCACUUGGCAUUACUGCACUGCACAUCAAAUUACGCGCUACGGGCGGCAACAGAACCAAGACACCCGGACCCGGCGCUCAAUCCGCAUUGCGUGCUCUGGCUCGCUCAUCCAUGAAAAUCGGUCGCAUUGAGGAUGUGACACCCAUUCCAUCCGACUCCACACGCAAGAAGGGCGGUCGUCGUGGCCGCCGUCUCUAAUAUGUCAUACCAGAUGACCUAUGUAUAUUACUCACGUGUCUCAUGCAUUUGUUUCUAAUAAAUUGAAUACAUAAUCGGUAAA